CUGGCGCACUCUUCCACUAUUGCAUCAAGCACAAAAUUAUCCACAUUGUGCAACACAAGUCCUCCCAUGCUGUUCAGAACUUCACGAUAUUUUAGAACACUCAGCGAACUAUCAGUCUGAAUAUUGCUCGUGUAAAAUAAACUUCAGGUUUUGUUGAAAUGGACUAGAAAAUUAAUAACACAAUUCUUUUGAAAUAAUAUAAAACAACACCAUAGAAAGAGAUUUAUAUAUUUCUUUUUAAAACUCUAAUAUUUGAAGGAACAUUGUAAAUAUGAAUUGCAGUCGCCUUGGAUAUCUCUUUCUGUUUCUUUACGUGCUAGUGGUGCAUGUUCGUAAAGGUUCCGGAAAAUUUCACUUGGGAAGAAGGCGUAAAGCUUUAGCUCCAGAAAAACAACACUAUCACAUGAACAGAUGGGGGUUUGGUAGCACUCAUGCACCAGAGCCAGAAUUUGUCGGGGGAAUUCCAGGAAUUAAAGUAAUAGCUGGGAAAGAUGCCAUACUCCGAUGUGUUGUUGAGAACUUAGGCGAUUAUAAGGUUUCUUGGGGCGUAGUAAACCAGAAGGAUCAACUGUCUAUAGGAACAAAUGUAUUUAAAGGAAAAGACAGAAUCCAUGUGACGCAUUCCGAUAAUUCCUGGUAUCUCCACAUAAAGAACGUUACGCAGAAUGACACAGGAUAUUACAUAUGUCAGAUCAGUACAAAUCCUAUAAAAACACAAGCAGGACAUUUGGAUGUCGUUGAGCCUCCGGAGUUCGUGACCAACAUGACCAACAGAAACGUGACUGUCAUGGAAAACACGAACGUGACGCUGUCGUGUAAAGCCACUGGAAACCCACCUCCGGUGAUCAAGUGGAAAAGAGAAGACGGACAACCGUUUCUAGUUGAUAAUGAAUUAGUCUAUGAGUAUAAAAAUGAAACACUUACAUUCCUGAAUGUAAACAGAGAGCACAUGGCUGCUUAUUUAUGCUUGGCGAAUAAUGAAGUGCCCCCUGCAAUUAGCCGAAGGAUAUACUUAGACGUAAAAUUUCCUCCUCUUAUAUGGAUACAAAACCAAUUAGUUGGUGCACCUGUCGGUACUGAUGUAUAUCUGGAAUGCUUGACUGAAGCCCAUCCUACCUCUGACAACUACUGGCUGCGAGACGAUGAAGCUGUCGUUUCCAAGAGCACCAGAUAUCAUCCACACAUCACCAGAAACUCAUACAAAACAUACAUGAAGCUGACUAUCCGAAAUUUGCAGCCGGAAGAUUAUGGAUCUUAUCAAUGUGUUGCGAAAAACACGAUUAGUGAAACUCAAGGAUCCAUUAAACUAUAUCGCCUGGUGAUCCCAACUCCUCUUCCUCCCAAAGCUGUCACCGAAGAGCUGCUAACCUAUCCAACGAGGAAAGUAAUAACAGUGUCUUUAACAACGGAAUAUCGGACAUUAGUAACAGAAAUCAUAAGAAGAGAUAGCAUGAAUUCGCCAGGCAAGCAACAGAAAUAUGGUCACGGCAGAGUUUCUUCAGAGGAAGAAGCAGAAUCCAGUUCAGAAAGAACUAAUAAAGUGACUGUAUACAUUCUUUUGAUAUCUUUGUUGCCAGUACUGGUGAGAUUGGACAAAUUUUGCCGGUAACAGAAGGUGCAAUUGCAGCAUCAUUGCUACUUGUGUUCAUCGGAACAAUUUUGAUCAGCCUUGUUCAAGUUGAACAAGGCAAACGUCGAGGGUAAAUUAACCACGCUAGAGGUAGUAUCUCAAAUUUUCACGUAUGAGGAAAAUAACUGAUGAUUAGUGAAAAAAAUGGAUUAGCGCCUGAACAUCUUUUGUAAAGAUGGUGAAUGUUUUGAAAAAUUCUGAAGAUUUAUUUAAAAUUUGUAGCAAAUCCGAACUGUUAAAAGAUAAACUGCAUACAAAAGUAUGCAUGCAAUCAGCUGCUUGUAAGAAUAUACUUCAUAAUAUACGCAAAACCCUGUGCCAAACUACUGUAAUAUAUGUAUUAUUAUACAUUUUAUAUAUAAUUUGCGUA